AUGUCCGUCAAGUUGCGCUUAAGGCAAGUGGUACGGAGUGCAAGACUAUUCUUCGUUCUUGCAUUGGCCGCAUGCAUCGGGGGUUCCCUGGCAACUACAGAUUCGAACGCGAUUAUCGAAAAAACUUCGACCCAGCACCGCGUACAUCAACUCGGCACUCAAACCCACCGGUACCUACGAGCUCCUGUACAACUAACACUGGGUGAUUCAGAAGAGAGAGGUCUCGACGGAAUCUCGAAGAUCAUUCAGAAGCUGACGCCGGACAAGCAAAAGGCUGCUGACAAACUCUUCACGCGGCUGAAGCUUGAUACAGCCACGUCCAACGCUUUCAAGAGUCCAAAGUUCGAGAAAUGGGUCGCGUCAGUAACCUCUUCUUAUAAGAAAACUCCUGAAGCGGCAGAUGCGGCCAUCUUUUCAAGGUUGAGCACCAAGGUCGGUGAUGAAGCGCUCGCUGGCAUGCUACUUGCCGCGAAGGAGGAGUCUGGUACCAAGGCACUUGCAUCAAGGUUGGAGACACUACAGUUGACAAAAGAAAAAGUGGAGGCGCAACGAGAAGACAGCCGACGACGCAUUUGUUCUUCUUCAGCUGAAGAACGACAUAUCGGUUCUGAGGAGUCCAGCGUUGAACACGUGGGUGUCCUACGUGGAGACGCUGAGCCAGAACCGCUACACUUUGCUGUAUUCAACGCUGGAAACUCGCUACGGAGACGAGGCUCUAGCUCGUUAUAUUGCGCUGGAGAAGAAAUCAUCGCUGUCAAGGUCUGCCCCCAAGAACUUGGAAAAGGCUCAAAUCGCGGAGUGGGUUAA